GUCGGGGCUGGGGCGCGGCAUGGCGCUGUGGCCGUGGCUGGCGGCGGCGCUGCUGGGGCUGCUGCUGCUGCUGCCGGCGCUGAGCCGCCCCGCCCGCUUCUACGCCAAGCUCGGCGCCUACUGCGCGCUCUGCCUGGCGGCGUCCGCGCUGGCCUCGGCCGUCUGCCUGCUGCGCCGCGGCGGCCGCUCCGUGGACAACAUGAGUAUCAUCAGCUGGUUUGUGCGGUCCUUCAAGUAUGCGUACAACCUCCGCUUUGAUGUCCGGGGACGGCAGAAGCUGGAGGCGGAAGGGCCCUGUGUCAUCAUCUCCAACCACCAGAGCAUCCUGGACAUGAUGGGCCUCAUGGAGAUCCUUCCGAAGCGCUGUGUGCAGAUUGCCAAGAGGGAGCUGGUGUUCCUGGGGCCUGUGGGCCUCAUCAUGUACCUGGGGGGUGUCCACUUCAUCAACCGGCAGCGCUCCAGCACCGCUGUGUCCGUCAUGGCCGACCUGGGCGGGCGCAUGGUCAGGGAAAAUCUCAAGGUGUGGAUCUACCCUGAGGGCACACGCAAUGACAAUGGCGACCUGCUGCCCUUUAAGAAAGGUGCCUUCUACCUGGCCAUCCAGGCCCAGGUACCCAUCAUCCCUGUGGUGUACUCCUCCUUCUCCUCCUUCUACAACUUCAGGACCAAGCUCUUCACCUCAGGAACAAUCAAGGUGCAAGUGCUGGAUGCCAUCCCCACCAGUGGCCUCACCGAGGCGGACGUCCCAAAGCUCGUGCACACCUGCCACCAAGCCAUGAGGAGCACCUUCCACCACAUAUCCCAAGCGCCCCAGAACGGCGCUGCCGCGGGGCCUGAUGGCCAACCAGCCCAGUAGCCCAGGCCACACAUGGGGACAGCAGACAGGAGAAGAGGCCACAGAAUGGACAGAGUCCCUCUCCAGGGCUGCCAAAUAUCACUGUGUCUGCCCCCCAGCCUGGCUCACAAGGCUCUCAUUCAGGAAGCCGGAGGCCCCUCUGACACCUCUAGGGGGAGCCCCUCUGGGCUCUGCAGCCCUUACCUGUGCCUCCAGGGUACAGGCCUGAGGGCUAGACAGCCAGGCCUUUGGGCAGCCAGCCAAGGAGCAAGCAGGACUGGCCAGAGCUGGCCAGGGAACCAGGCACUGGCCCCAGGUCUUCUGACGUGGCUGCUGCCCAAGGCCCACUGGGUACAGUUUGGCUCUGGAGACCGGACCCUGGCCUGUGUCAGGCCUUCGGGAGAGGAGGUGUCCAGGCAUCACAUGCGUCUUGGGCCACCAGGGCCACAGGGCAGCGCAGCGGGCCGCCCCUCACCGCCUCGAGGACAGCGCAUGGCAGUGUUGUGCUUUUUGUUUUUUCUUUUUAUAAACAAAGUCUUGGAAGUGC